GAAUCGUCCCGACUGAAAUGUCUCUUCCUAAGCUGGCCCGCCUCCCCUCAGCGAGGCUGCUGACCUCCGUCCUCCCCCAUCAUCAGCUGCUGCUCCCCCCUCUCACCCCUCUCACCAUCCCCUGCAGGACUAAGAUCCAGAAGGACUACAGACGCCCCGGCCAGCCCAGAGAAAAUAAAAAACCCCUCAACUUCAACUUCUCCAAGGGAAUCGAGGGCAUCAAGAAGCAUUUCACGCUGAUGAAAGACGAGUUCUUCGGGCGCUGGGUGGGUCCGGAGGGAAAACCGCUCAGCGAACACCUCCUGGAGCAGAACCUGGUGAUCUGGGAGUUCAGGGGUCCGGAGAGCCUUGAGCAGUGGACGGUUUCCUCGGAUCAGGAGAUCGGAGGUCAGAGUGAAGCUCACCUGAAGAUGAGCAGGAAUGAUAACACCUGCUUCUUGCACGGGAAGCUGAGCUCCACCGUCCCGAGGGACGGAGAGACGCGGUUCAGCGGAUACUGCAACAUGCGCUCAAAGAUACCCAAGGCUUCAUUUGACAGGAAGAAGCACUAUGACUGGUCCAGCUUCAACACCCUGCAUCUCCGAGUGAGGGGAGACGGCCGGCCGUGGAUGAUCAACAUCUCCACGGAGACGUACUUCUCUCACCAGAAAGAUGACAUCUACACCUACUUCCUGUACACCAGGGGGGGGCCCUACUGGCAGGAAGUCAAGGUGAUGUCACACAUUUUCAGUUUUAGAAAGACG